UUGCAAGUCUGUGCUCUAACGCGUGUCAUGAGAGCAGAGCCAAGGACUAGAGAACGAGAAGUGAUCUCUCGCUUCUAGUUCUAGCUGCUCAAGUUAAGUCAGGAUCAGGAUCCAAGACCCAGAAUCCAAAAGAAGUAAAAAACGAUGUUUUCCUUCUUGAAAAAAAAAAAAAAAAGAUUUCUCUGCUAUUUCUCUUAAUCCCAUGCUCGUCUCUCUCAGUGUUCAAGAAUGCCCGAGUGGAUAUAAGGGAGAUCGGUGAUCAGGUUUUGAUCACUAGAAAAUUUUCUUGUAUUGCAAUGAAUUUGAUAUCUGAAGGUGAAAAUUUUAUGUGUUUUAGAAGAUUCUUUAUCUAGUAUUCACUAGCUGGGUUCGGAUCAAAAAUUCAAUUUUGGUUCUUGAUUGCUUCUGGGGUUUUAGUUUGUAUUGAGGGUUUUGGUUUCUCUAGUCAACUAAUUCUUUGUCUUGUGCUGUAGCAAGUUGGAUUGUGCUAGAAUUCUUCAGCCGCGUGUGGCAGUAAUCUUAGGCUUUUCGUCUCUUUCAUUUCUUGAUUAAACUUUUAUGAAUAAGCCAUUGAAAUUCACUGCAGUCUCAAAGCCCUUUUAUUCCAUAUCUGGUCCUUUAUAUUCAGAUUGAAUUGUUUCUGGGUUCCUGUAACGUCUGAUACUUGGUUUUCGAUUCUUGAAUAUUCUUGGUCUUUAAAAAAAAAACAAAAAGAAACACUUUGAAUUCCGAUGUCUAAUCCUCCACAAUCUUCCUCUGGAUAUCCUCUUAUUGUUACUCCUGCUACCACUGACACAUCAACGCCUCAAUCUGAGAAAAGUCCAAUUCCUCCUUCUCCUCCAUUGUUAGCAGGAGCCCCCAGAUUUCCAUCUCCUAAUUUGCAACAGGAUCAAAUUCCUUCCCCCUCAAUCAGAACUCCAAAUUUACUAUCACCAGCCAAUGGGGUUAAAACUGGAAGCCCAAUUCCUCAUCUAAGCACUCCCCCAGGACCUCCUGUUUUUACUUCACCAGUCCGGCCUGCUGCUGUGCCUUUUCGAACAUCUCCUGCAACUCCUCAGCCAGUUGCUUUCUCAUCAGGCUCAUCACUGCCCACAUCAUCACCUCCACAUUUCUCAAAUGGAUCAGCUGAGUUGCAGCACCAAGUUCCUGAAUCUGCAGAGGACACAUUGCCUAUUGGGGAAUUACCAUGUGUCUUAUUCUCUGCUCACAAGGUUUUAAAGCAGAAGAAACUUGCAAAUGUACCCAGUUUAGGUUUUGGGGCAUUGAUUUCCCCUGGGAGGGAGAUUUCACCAGGUCCACAAAUAAUACAGCGUGAUCCCCAUCGCUGCCAAAAUUGUGGAGCUUAUUCUAACCUCUAUUCCAAGAUAUUACUUGGUUCAGGCCAGUGGCAAUGUGUACUUUGCAGGACAUUGAAUGGAAGUGGUGGUGAAUACAUAGCUCCAAGCAAAGAAGAUCUUCGUAACUUCCCAGAAAUGUCAUCGCCCAUGGUUGAUUAUGUUCAAACUGGGAAUAAGAGACCUGGUUUUAUUCCAGUUUCCGAUUCCAGAAUGUCUGCACCCAUCAUCCUUGUUAUAGAUGACUGUUUAGAUGAACCACACCUGCAACAUUUACAAAGCUCCUUGCAUGCGUUUGUCGAUUCACUUCCCCCUACAGCAAGAAUUGGAAUCAUAUUGUAUGGACGCACUGUGUCGGUUUAUGAUUUUUCGGAGGAAUCAAUGGCAUCAGCUGAUGUGCUUCCUGGUGACAAAUCACCUUCUCAGGAAUCCUUGAAAGCAUUGAUCUAUGGAACUGGGGUGUACUUAUCGCCUAUGCAUGCUUCAAAAGAAGUAGCACACCAAAUUUUUUCAUCACUUAGACCAUAUAAACUGAACAUUGCAGAAGCUUCAAGAGAUCGGUGCCUGGGUACUGCAGUUGAGGUUGCUCUGGGUAUAAUUCAAGGACCAUCAGCAGAAAUGUCUCGAGGUGUAGUCAAGAGGGCUGGAGGUAAUAGCAGGAUAAUUGUGUGUGCUGGCGGACCUAACACUUAUGGCCCUGGAUCAGUCCCCCAUUCUUUUAGUCAUCCAAAUUAUCCUCAUAUGGAAAAGAUGGCGUUGAAAUGGAUGGAGCAUCUGGGUCACGAAGCUCAUCGACACAAUACAGUGGUUGACAUUCUGUGUGCUGGAACUUGUCCUGUUAGAGUUCCAGUUUUGCAGCCUCUUGCUAAAGCUUCUGGGGGUGUUUUGGUACUCCAUGAUGACUUUGGAGAAGCCUUUGGGGUAAAUUUGCAAAGGGCAUCUUCCCGGGCAUCAGGUUCCCAGGGUUUACUGGAGAUUCGAUGUUCUAAUGAUAUUCUUAUUACUCAAGUUGUGGGUCCUGGUGAAGAGGCACAUAUAGACACUCAUGAAACAUUUAAAAAUGACAUGUCUCUCUCUAUUCAAAUGUUGAGCGUCGAAGAAACCCAAAGCUUUGCACUCUCCAUGGAAACUAAAGGGGACAUCAAGAAUGAUUUUGUAUAUUUCCAAUUUGCAAUUCAAUAUUCAAGCAUUUAUCAAGCUGAUAUCUCCAGAGUUAUUACGGUCAGAUUGCCUGCUGUUGAUAGCAUUUCAACAUACCUAGAGAGUGUUCAGGAUGAAGUGGCUGCAAUCCUCAUUGCCAAGAGGACUCUCUUGCGAGCCAAAAACUAUUCUGAUGCAGUUGAUAUGCGAGCAACAAUAGAUGAGAGAAUUAAAGACAUUGCUUUGAAAUUUGGGUCCCAGGUACCAAAGUCAAAACUUCAUCGAUUCCCCAAAGAACUCUCAUCAUUACCAGAGUUCCUUUUUCAUCUUAGAAGGGGGCCACUUUUGGGAAGCAUUGUUGGACAUGAAGAUGAGAGGUCUGUAUUACGCAAUUUGUUUCUAAAUGCGUCCUUUGAUCUUUCACUCCGUAUGGUAGCACCUCGUUGCUUAAUGCACCGGGAAGGGGGUACUUUUGAGGAAUUACCUGCAUAUGACCUGGCAAUGCAGUCCAAUACAGCUGUGGUUCUUGACCAUGGCACUAAUGUUUUCAUCUGGUUGGGUUCUGAACUAGCUGCUGAUGAAGGAAGAAGUGCAGCAGCUUUGGCAGCUUGCAGAACAUUGGCUGAAGAGCUCACUGAACUGCGGUUUCCAGCGCCUAGGAUCCUAGCAUUCAAGGAAGGGAGCUCCCAAGCUCGAUAUUUUGUUUCUCGCCUGAUACCAGCACACAAAGAUCCUCCUUAUGAACAGGAGGCAAGGUUUCCACAGCUUCGGUCUUUGACAACGGAACAGCGGACAAAGCUGAAAUGCAGCUUUAUUCAUUUUGAUGAUCCUAGUUUCUGUGAAUGGAUGCGAGGCUUGAAAGUAGUGCCACCAGAACCAAGUUAAGUAAUAUUCUGCAAUUCAGUGGCUUGUGUUUUAGAAAGAAUCCUACUUUGGCUAGUGGAAACCUGCCCUCUCCUAUUUCUAUCCAUUUCCCUUUCCCCUCCCCUCCCCUGCCCUCCCCUCCCCGCUUUUUCCUUUUUUGACACAGGAAACAUCCAUACUCGACUGUCAAGAGUUUUGAUUUUUUUUUUUUUUUUUUA